AAAUGAACGUGUUUUCUUUUAGGUUUUUUGAGCGCAGCCAAAGCUCUUUUGAGUGUUUUUUCUUGGUUUUCCUUUUCAAUUUUUGAAUAUAUUUGUUACACUACCUACGAGAUUAAGUUUUCGUUAAUAAAAGGCCUACAAAGGAACUAAGAUCAUGAUGUGUACAACUGCUUCGGAGGACUUUCCGGAAUCCAAGGAGUUGAAUGAGAAAUCUGAUGACUUUGGGGAUAUUGCGAUUUUUGAAGGAAGCGUUAAGAUGUGUGGUACGGAGGCUCUAGAGGAUGGCCUAUUGGUCGAUCCUGAUAAAUGCGGAAUGUGUGGUGGACCGCUGCUGGUAUCUCGGAUGUUACACUGUUUGCAUUCCUUUUGUGAAGAGUGUCUUGAUAAGAAGUUAGUUGGAGAAGGAGGUGAUGCUGGGACAGUAGAUGCAACCAUCGAUUGCCCCACAUGUGGGCAUGAAACCAAGGUCGGCACAAAAAAGUUGGCUGCUCUUCCUCUCGACGUAACCAAGACCAACAUCGCGGACGUAUCGAAUUCGUCAAGUUUGCAUUGCACCUCGUGCACAGCUAAAGAAGUGGCCAAGUCGCGCUGCAACACCUGCCACAAUCUAUUGUGCAACCAUUGCGAUUCGGCCCAUCAUUACAUGCGCUGCUUCGAAUCGCACCAAGUGGUCGCCUUGGAAGACAUGCGCAAAGACGGCAUCAAGAUCACCAUCCACAAACCGCUCGAGUGCGAUAUCCACAAAGGCGAGAACCUCAUCUACUAUUGUAACACCUGUAGCACCACGGCCUGUAACGAAUGCAUGAAAAACGAACACAAAGGUGCCGAACACCAUGCCGAAGGUAUCGCCGACUCGGAAAUGAGGGUCAGACAAGAAAUCAAAGCGUUAUUGUCCGAAAGCCAGAGCAAGGUGGAUCAGCUCAUGAAGUUGUCUACAGGUUUAAACAACAGUUUGGAGGAGUUGGCGCAUCAGCGGUCCACGGCGCGCGAUCUGAUCAACGAGUCCUACCAGAGCUACAAAGCCGUCUUGGAGAAGUGCAAGGAUGAGGCUUUGACAAAGCUGAACGAGUUGUAUCACGAGAGGGAGCUGAUAAUAAUGAAAGAGAACGACGAAGUUGGCAAGACAAUCGGCAAUUUCGAAGACGCCAGAUCGUACACGACGCGUCUCUUGGAGAUCUCCACGGUUCCUGAAAUAAUGUACCUGAAAAAGACGGUCGCGGAUCGUCUGCUCGAACUCAACAACAACACACCCAAGUUCGACGAGACUUUUCAGAUCGAAUUUUGCACCGAUUUCGGCUCCUUCGAGGCGAUGGUGAAGGAGCACUUCGGCACCUUCCGCACGGAAAAGUCGAGGGAAUCGAGCCCGGGAGUGCCAGCUCUGGCGCCGUUGACGGUGACCCAACCGCUGACGAACGGGUGCAACACUUCCAUCACCAACAGCAGCCCGAUCUCGCUGCCGACGUCGAUGCAGUCGUCGUUCGACGGCGACCUCAGCGGCAACAUGCAGAACUUUGCGUUGGCUCAGAGUCCGCCGCUGCCACAGGUGAAUACGGCCGCUGCCGCCUCUGCCAUGCCUGGCUUUUCUAGCAUUGCUGAAUAUAAUCUUGCUCAGUUGGCGACUCUUGCCGAGAGUACGAACAGUGCGGCCACAUCGCCGACUCCGCCGUUCAAUCUGGCCGAUUUUCUCACCAGCGACACUGCCUACAAGAAUCUUGCUUCGCUUGCCAAGUUGGGUCUGAAUACUGAUAAUCCGAUUACCAACGGGACGAUGAUAGUCCGCUCUACAUCUCCCUCAUCUCUCAACAUGACCAACACCUUAAUCAACGGGUUCGGUGGCGUAUCCUCCUCCACGUCUCCUUUACUCUCUACACCCGACGACAUAAUGUCUGAUCCCAUGUCCAAUAUUCUUCCAGCUCCCACCACAAACCCCAACGGUACCCAUACCCGUUCGAACAAGGUUAGCCCAAUGCAGAUUCGCAGCAAGUUCGGCCAGUUGGGCCCCAACAAAGGACAGUUCAAUUCGCCCCACGGAUUUUGUCUCGGGUUGGAAGAGGACAUCAUUGUCGCGGACACCAACAACCACCGCAUACAAGUUUUCGAUAAGUCUGGAGCCUUCAAGUUCCAGUUUGGCACCUCGGGCAAGGACGAAGGACAGCUGUGGUAUCCGAGGAAGGUUGCCGUAAUGCGUACUACUGGAAAGUACGUGGUAUGCGAUCGCGGAAACGAGCGUUCUCGUAUGCAGAUUUUCACGAAAAACGGCCAUUUUCUCAAGAAAAUUGCCAUAAGAUACAUCGAUAUUGUGGCGGGACUUGCAGUCACAGGGCACGGGGAGAUAGUUGCUGUCGACAGCGUCAGUCCAACAGUAUUCAUCAUCAGCGAAAGCGGGGAGUUGAUUCGUUGGUUCGAUUGCAGUGAUUUCAUGAGGGAGCCUUCCGAUAUUGCUAUUCACGGCAAAGAGUUCUACGUUUGUGACUUCAAAGGCCACAACGUGGUGGUUUUCAGCGAUGAAGGUCACUUUUUAAGACGUAUAGGUUGCGAAAGUAUAACGAACUUUCCGAAUGGUAUUGAUAUUUCUGAUGCUGGAGACAUUCUCAUUGGGGAUUCCCAUGGAAAUCGUUUUCACGUCGCCGUAUUUUCACGUGAUGGAUGUCUUAUUUCUGAAUUUGAAUGUCCGUAUGUUAAGGUUUCACGUUGCUGUGGGCUGAAAAUCACCUCAGAGGGUUACGUCGUGACGCUGGCAAAGAACAACCAUCAUGUUCUCGUGUUGAAUACGCUGUACAUCCUGUAGAGUCCCAAAGCAAGUAGUUUUGAUCUCGCACUGUACACAGUACUGAACUGAUUUUUAAUUUUUUACAUUUUAGUCUUAUAUUUUUCGUUUUUUAAACUAUAUAUGAUUUUAGAGAGAGGAAAAAAAUGAAUUUAUUUUGGAAUAAUUAAUUACAAAAUGAAAGCAUUUCUUAGAAUUAGCUGAAUUUAUCCAAAGCAUUAUUUAAAAUACGUAUAUAUUUAUGCAUACUUAGAAAAGUGGUGAAUUAUUUUUUAAUAUUAUUAAUUUUAUUUUUAUCGUUUUUCGAAAUUUUUAGCAGCAGGCAUAAUAUGGUUCCUACUAUUUAAAAACAAAAAACGUUUAUUUUACGGUGUCAAUUAGUAUAAAUUGAUCGCUUAAAACUUAGUUUAUUUUGAAUGUCUGGAAGCUGAACGUGCCAACUUUUAUCGUCUUAUUUUCUUUUUGAUCGUAGCACAAUUUUUUCAAAGAAAAACUGCUUCGUUGUUUCGUUGUUUUAUUAAUAUUAUUUUAGUUUUAUAUUUUUUAUUUUUUCUCGUAUGGAUGAAAAUUUUGUGAAUGCGUCGUCUUUUUUCUCUAUGUCUCUCAAUACUUACAUACUCAGGUUGGUUAGCGUUUUCAGUGCCAUGUAGGUUAAGUCCUAAUUUAAAAAGAAAAUUGCAAAAAAAGCCUAACAGCAGUGAGCUUCGUGAUUUUGUUGGUCGUAGUGACUUUGCGACCUUUAGAGGGCGCCCUAUACUUGCCGAUUCCAUUUUGAGAGUACAGAGCGUGCGUGAGUUUCUAAUCAUCAUUAUUAUUUUUUUUUUUUAUUAUUUACUAUUUUUAUUUUUCCUGAAACUCCGUCGUCUUUUAACCGACGGUUAAACCAUGCCUGUGAUAAUAGUAUCUUCAGGAUAAGUUGUGACCUUAGUCUCUCGUUGUUAUUUUGUGUGCUGCGCCGCCGCUCGCUUGUUUUUCAGCGCGCGGUUUCGCGUCUGCCCACAAGUCGUUUUUAAAAUUAUAUGUAUACAUAAUAAAUAAGAAGAAAAAAAAAAACAAAAAAAAUAUAAAAACAAAAAAUCCACGAAAACAUAAUAAAACAACUCGAAUUUUAAGGCAGAUUGUUUAUGUAUUAAAUAAUUGUAUCUUAUAUACACUGUUUAACAUCCGUCUUGGAGAAACUGUCUACGAGAUGGUCUCGUGACGUCACAUGUGGUAUGCACGCUAUGCCUGAACUUUUCGUACGUAUGAAGGUGUAAAUUUUUUAUUUUUUUCGUUAUGAGUUUGCGGUAGAAAGUACGAAAAAACUCAUUUUUUUAAGUUUAUGGUUUUGUUUAUAUUAUUAUACUUCCACGAAUGUGCAAACCAUGGUGUGACUUCACUUUUUUAUGUUGUUAUAUACACUUGUUUUAGUUGUCACAUAUCGCAAGUGCAAAGUUGUUAAGUUUUUUUUUCUUGUUGGAGUCAUGUUUUUAGGGUGUACAUAUUAAAUUGUUUUUUUUUACGAAAAGACUUUAUUUAUUUUAAUUUGUGAUGCGUUCGGUACAAAUGGCAGACAGUUUCUCCACGGGGAUUUUGUUCUUCAAAAUUCAAUGUGAUGUCAAUAAUCUCACAAUUCAAGAAAAUAAUAGUUCUAAUAAUGGUUAUUAUUGAGUGCGACUUUAUUUUUACCGUAGUAGUUUUGUGUUUUGUUUUAUUUUUUACCAAAUAUUUACACUGUCAUAUGCAAGUAAUCACGUGUUGUUUUAUUUUUACAUUUGACUAGUAUGGCUGUAGUGAUACUUUGUAUGGCAUUUGCUCACGUCAUCGGAUUCGAUCCGUUUCGCUUUCGACAUAACCCACAAACAAAUGAAUCGAGAGAGAGACGGAUGUAAGAUAACUAUAUAUAUACAUAUAUAUCAAAAGUAUGAAAAUUUCGGUUUUAAAUUGAACAUUUAAUAUAUUAUCAAUGUGAUAGAUUUUUUGAUGAUUUUACAAUCACAGUCUUAGUGUAUGUACCAAGUGUUUUUUAGAUACUCGUAUACCAGUAAUUUUGCCAUAUAAUAUAUUAUACAUGACUUAAAAGGAAAUUGAAGAAACAAGCUGAUUGUAUUUUGUUUCUCGGUUGAGUAUCGUAUACAUAUAUUAUAUAUUUACAUGAAAAUGAAUAUUUAUAUUAUGAAACAUAUGUACGAGGGUUGCGUGCCGUUACGUUGCGUCACGUUUCCGCUAAAUAUUAUCUCAAAACAAUAUUCACUAGCAAUAAGUAUUUUUCAGUCAGUAUUGGAGUGAGGAAUUAAAUCAUUCCAUCUGCAGACAUGAAUUAGGUGCUGCGAAACAGUUUUUGUUUAUUGUAUUAUUUUCAGUCUUUUUUUGUCGUAGUAGUAGGUUUAGAUAUUAAGUUUAUUAGAAAAUAUAACGAAAAGAAGGAAACGGUCCUUAACACAUGUCUCGCGUUAGUAGCUGUUUUUAAACUUCGCUUGUCCGUUAUAUUAUGCCGAUCGUUACUUAAACAAUAUAUCGAUGUAGGCGUUUUUAAAAUAGGUCCUGUCAGCUCUUGAACAAUCACACUCUUUCAGACCAUAAUUAUUACAUGUAACGUGGUUGUGAGCUUUUUCUAUUCUACUUUAUCAAUGUUUUUUCGAAUAUACAAUAUUUUUUGGCAGUGUGGGAGAUUUUUUCCAUUAUAGUCCAGAGCAGCUGAUCACAAAACGACCCGACGGAGCAUUGAUAACAACUAGUUGCUUUGGACUGCCGCCCUUAGUGCUAUGAAACUGACACUUGGUUUCGACACAUUUUAUAUUAAUAGUCAUUUUAAAGUACAAAUGUUUAGUAUGGAUGGAUGACAUAUCACGUUUUUAAUGAUCACACAUGAUUUACACAUCUCUAGUUGUCGCCGCCGACUUGCGUAUGUGUACGUGGCACAGGACGCGAUAGAUGUUGACACCAAUAUUCUUGCGUUGGCCGGUAGGUGGGGGGUCAGAUUACGCGCGACGACGGUCGUCGCGACCACCGAACGGGGCCUCCCAAGGUUCAACCCUGGGACCCCUUCUUUUCGCCUGCAUUGCUGGAAUGUUUUUUCUUUGCGCGCUCGCGACGCCCGCCGCCGCCGCCUCUUUAUUUAAUAAUUAAACGAAUAAAUUCACUGUGUCUUAGUCCUGUCAUAUUAAACGAAUUAAGAUUGAAAAAGAAAAAAAUGUAUACAUUUUUGAAAGUAAUAUUAAUUGUUAUCUCUUUCCAAAGAUUUUUUUUAGUGAAGUAAGGUAAUAACAAUGAAUUUAAUCGCUAAGCUCUGCAUUCUGCUAGACUAUAAUAGAGAUAUCAGAUGUUUACAGUGUUUGUUCCCUAUAUUAUAGGUGAGAGGUGGUCGUUUAUUUAGAUAUUCGGCGUCGUUUUAAAUUUUUAAAGACAGGAGGGAGAGCCUAUGCUUGAUAUUUACUCUAAAUAUUAAAUAAUAAUUCGAUUUUCAUUGUAGAUGUCGACAAGAUCUUCGUGCUGUUUGAUUGGUUUGGUAAAUUGAUAAAAAAAUUUGAACAAAAUUUCUAAAGCAGCAGUUCUCUGUUACCUGCCUCUUUUAAUAAUUAAACAAAUCAGUUGAGCUGUGGCAUUUAAGAAGUUUUUGAUAGAACUAUUUUUGAUGUGAACGAAUCGUAGAACGUGGUUGAACAGUGCACAAAUAUUUGCAAUCGCCAUGUUCAUGCGAGUCGUAUAUUCUGUAACAAUCAACUGUCAAAAAAAAUACAAAAAAAAAUUAUGGCCGGUUAAAAUCGGUCUAUGUGUACCUAUAUUGUAAUUAAUAGCACUCUUGUUUCUCUGCUUAACCUUCCACUGACGAUAAUAAAAACAACUUUUGAAGAAAUUCAGAGUAGCACGAGGUAAUAAAAUGAAGUAACGUUGCUUUGUCCCGUUUACAAUCGAUACUUAUACCGCAUAUACACUUUUAUCUUAUUAUUGUAAUAUUAUACGAUAUGUAUUAUAUUCCAAGUCAUUUUGUAGUCGUUUAUGGACAUUUGAUAUAGAAUAUUUUCCAUUAUUCUAAAAUUCAUGCCUCUGAACAGUAUGAAAUUUAUAUUAUUAUAUUUGUUGCACUCUAUGGUUAUUCAGGGUUACAAGAGCUAUGUGAGCUCGUAUUUUUGGAACUGUUUUUUAUUUAAAUUGUACUGAGGUUGUUUUUAAUUUGUAAGUUAUAUUAUUGGUUUUUGAAUAAAUAUAAUCCAAAA